AUGAUCAUGGACCUGAUACCAAAUCUUUCACAAUUAUCAUAUUUAAAAAAAUAUAAAGAAUCAGAAUUCGAUAAUAUACUUGAUUAUAAAAAAUUAAACAUUGUCAUCGAUUCUACAAGAUUAGACAUAUUAAAGAUAUUAAUUUCGGCCUCAUACUAUGUUCUUAUUUUCUUAUUAUUGAAAUUUAUUUGGACAAAAACCCAUAAUGAUUACAUUUUUACAGUCGUUUUAUACACACUCAAAUUCAUCCUUCUUGACCUCCCAUUUGAUUUUGUUGAUGUUGUUUUUGUAACCGCGAAAUACAAUUCUGACUAUAAGACUUACAGAAAGAGCGACUUUAACAAACUCCUAAUGACUAGUUUUGGUCAAUGCGCCCUACAAUUGAUUUCUGUUUUUGCAGAUAAAAGAGUUGCUCGAUGUACCGAUUUAAAUCAAGAAGAAACACCACAAGAAAACAAUAAUACAGCUAAUGUUACACAAGAAGAUCCAACAGAGGUACAAAAUCCUCCACAAAGAAGAUGCAAAAUUCCAUUUUGGCUUUUCCACGUUGUUUUUUCUGUUCCUUCCUUAUUUAUCCUCAUUGCUAUAUUCCCUAAAUUACUUAUGCUCAAGGGAGAGGUGUUCCAACCAAUAUCUCCAUAUGAUAUUAAUAAUUCCAUCGCAAAAUUAUCAGAAAAAGUUGGUUUCCCAUACAACGAUAUCUUAAUUAGCAAUUCAAUACGCGACCAAGGCAUUCCUAAUGCUUAUUUCACAGGAAUCAUUGUAAAAAAGGUUUUUGUUACAAAUUCACUACUUUCCAUUACAGCAAUCCCAGAAGCAACAGCUGUUAUUGGUCACGAGCUUGGCCACUACAAACAUAAUGAUGUUAUCAUUAUUUUUCUGCUUCAAGCUGUUUACAUUUUACUUUAUGGGCUUGUUCUUUAUAUUGUUCAAAAGAAAGGAUUGUCAGAGCUAGGAAUUACUCAAGUAAUGCCUGUUUCAGUGAUCAUUGUUGUUUCUAUGAACUUAAUUCUUCCUUUUGUUACAAUUUACAGACCAUUAUUCAAUACAAUAGCCAGGACAACAGAAAAGAAUGCCGACUGCUUUGCUGCUCAACUUGGUCUCCCAAUUGCUGAAGCUUUGACUUCUAUAACAAAGGUAAUGCACCAGACAUUCAAUCCCUCUCCUCUAUACUCAUUUGUUUAUUAUAACCAUCCACCCCUUGAUGAAAGAGUUGAACAUAUCUCAAAAUGCAAAAAAUAA